AUGGGAUUAGAGCUAAGCAAACAGAACUUUAUAUGGGUGUUGAGAGACGCAGAUGAAGUUGAUAAUUCUGGAAAAUCUAAAAAACUUAAGUUGCCAGAAGGGUUUGAGGAAAGAGCAAAAGGGGUGGGCUUAGUAGUUCGAGAAUGGGCACCACAACCCGAAAUCUUGGCUCAUCCCUCCACGGGCAGGUUUUUGAGUCAUUGUGGUUGGAAUUCGUGCAUAGAGAGCAUAACUUUGAUAGUCCCAAUAGCUACUUGGCCUAUGCACUAUGACCAACCAAAAAAUGGUUUCUUGGUGACAGAAAUAUUGAAAAUAGGCCUGGCUGUUAGGGAGUGGGAGAAACGCGACGAGCUUAUCACUGCGUCCGCUAUUGAGAAUGUUGUGAGGAAGUUAAUGACAUCAGAAGAAGGUGAUGUGAUUAGGAACAAAGCAAAGGAACUGGGAGAAGCUGUAAGACAAUCUACACAGAAAGGAGGUGCUGCUCGCAUGGAAUUGGAGUCUUUCAUUGCGCAUAUCACAAGAUAG